CGGCAGCGCCUGGCCAUGACCUGGCCUCACCCGGCCGACCCGGCGUUUUACACCUACAUGAUGAGCCACGCAGCGGCCACCGGCAAUUUGCCCUACCCGUUCCCCUCCCACCUGCCCCUGCCCUACUACUCCCACAUGGGCAUCGGAGCCACCUCGGCCUCUGCCGCCACCCCCUUCAGUACCCCCCUGAGGCCGCUGGACACCUUCAGGGUCCUCUCCCACCCCUACCCGAGACCAGAACUGCUGUGCGCCUUCAGGCAUCCCUCCCUCUACCCUGCCCCAACUCAUGGACUCAGCAGCGCCGGGGGCAACCCCUGCUCCUGCCUGGCUUGCCACAGCGGCCAGUCCAACGGGCUGGCGCAGAGACCCUCCGGAUCAGACUUUACCUGUUCGGCCACAACCAGGACUGACUCUUUCCUCACUUUCACGCCCUCCGUGCUGAGCAAAGCCACCUCAGUUUCCAUGGACCAGCGAGAAGAAGUACCUUUAACGAGAUAA